GCCACUACAGGUAAAUACAGGUAAAAACUCACCUGAUCGUGUACAUGGAUAAAGUAAAGUGGAUUUAUAGCACGGAGCAGUAAAAGUUGAGUAUACACGACUUCAGAAGUGAAGAUAUGUAUUGAUAAGUACACUUAUCUUGUUAAACUAUAACUAAAGGUUUAAGAUGUGAUAGUGAAAUAUUUAGAAAGUUUGUGAACAGCUGAACACGAAGGUGUGGCUCACGAAAACUAAAUAGAAAUAAAAAUUGAUUCAUAGGAAUUCAUAGAAACUGUUUACACACAACAUAUUACAUAUUGAAACUUUUGGAUCAUUAUCAACACUUGUGACAACUUGAAGCAUAGUAACAUGGCCAAAAUCUUGAAAAGCUUCAACUUUAGUAACGUCAAUGUGAAGGAUGCUAUUUGCUGUGGAUUCACCGAACUAAAACAAGGGACCAAGAUGGAUUACACAUUCGUAAUAGAAGUGAAAUGGUCGGACUCGCGGAGUACAUACAUUAAGAGGACGUAUAUGGACUUUCUAAACCUCCAGUACAACCUGAUGAAUGUGUUUCCACCAGAGAAGAAUAAAAGUAUAUUUGGUACCAAGAAGAAACCAUUACCAAUGUUACCAGCCGUGACCAAGUCUCUGAUUAUAGAUGAUAUUGAGACGGCAGAGAAGCGAGAGCUUGAGUUAUAUAAGUACUGUAAAGAACUGGUCAGCCAGCCAAAGAGGGUGAUCCAGAGUCAAGUAUUCCAAGGAUUUUUCACAGGAAGAGCGGAAGAUCCUAAACCAUACAACCCUAACCAGAAGACAAACAUCAAGAAAAUGAAUAAUAAUACGCAGCAAAAGAAGAAAAAGAUUUCUUUGCAAAUCGACAAACAUAUGGUGCAAUUUGGACAAACAACGCAAUUACCAAAAAAGACACCUAUUACUCCUAAAUCGCCAAGUUACGAUACCAAAACUCCUCAGACUCAUUUUACAUCACCGAGUUAUAACGCAAAAAGUCACGGGUUUGGAUACUUGGAGAAAAAAUCACCAACUGACACGACAAAUCGGUUGCCAGGAUCGCAAAAUUAUAAAUUGUAUUAUGACGAAGAUACAUCUGAUUUUUCGAGAGUUUCUGAAGAAAGAGUAGCGAACAUUUAUGAAGAAUUACCUUAUAAGGAUACAAAAACUGCUGAUUCUAAAGACAAACCAGCUAGCGGUCCUCCAAAGGCAAGAAAAAAGUUAGUUGCCCCUAAAGAUCUGGCGAUUACCCCUGAUAUAAGCCCCACAAGCACGCCGGAGCAGCAAAGACAUUACGUGACAGACUUCAUAUAGCAUAAUAAUGUUUCAUUCAUAUCAGCAAGAUUUAUUUUUCAUAUUCAUCUAAUUAAAUUAACUCAUACAUACAUGUGUAUAAGUAUGGAUUACAAAUCGCAUUUCAUUGACAUAACAGUGUAACGGAACUUAUGUAACAAGACCUGAGGGAUAUUAAUUAAGUGAGGACAUUAGUCAAGGACACGAUUGGGGAUGGUGUCAAAUUUUCAACAGUUUCAGAAAAUAUAUG